UAAUCACCCCUCCGCCAUGGCUCUAUCUAAAAUAAACCAUCUUCUUCUCUUCGCUGUUACGCCCCCUUCAUCGAAUCCGAAAAAAAGCUGUAAGAAAAGCUUCCGUCGAAGACCGAGUGGAUGAACUCGGAUGACGAAGCGGUGAUGGAGAUGGGAGACCGACCGUUUUUGUCUGAUCUGUCCAGAUUGUAGUGCAGAUCCUAAUCGGAGAAGGCCGGAGGAGAUGAAAGGCCAUGCAGCGGUAACGACGACGUCGUUGUCUCCGGCGAAGCAGUGGAGAUGGAAAUGGCUCGCACUGACCGUGCUCCUGCUUGUUUUCUUCUCGAUGCUCGUCCCCCUUGCUUUCCUUCUCGGGCUUCACAACGGCCUCCCUGUCGGAUACUUGGGUGAUGAUAAUGCAGCAUCUGAUUUUCUUGAAAUUUAUGGCCACGGGGAUGGAGUCACAGGGCAGUAUUCAUUGAAGGAUGAUUCCAGGGCAAAGCAAAUGUUGUUGAACUUUACACCAUCUUUGCCACAGGAAAUUGUACAAAGCAUAACAGGAGAUGGUGAUGGGAAAUCUAAAGGCUUUGAACCAGAUGAGGACAGUGAACAACUUGAUUCUCAGCCAACGGGUGUUGUAUCCAACUCAGAUUCAAAUGCUACGACUCCUUUUCCAGAAGUCGUACCCAAGCCACCAGCUGAUGCUUUCAACGUGCAAUUAACUUCAGAUUCAAGGCUUGGUGACAGAGUUGCAGCAAAUCCUUCUAAUGGUUCAAACUUCUAUGGAUCAGAGAGUUCUUGUCAGCUUGAAUUUGGGAGUUACUGUCUUUGGUCGAAAGAACAUAAAGAAUCUAUGAAAGAUGCUACAGUAAAGAUAUUUAAAGAUCAGCUUUUUGUUGCCAGAGCUUAUUAUCCAAGCAUUGCUAAACUUCAGGGACAAGAGAAUCUUUCUCGUGAGAUGAAGCAAAACAUUCAAGAACAUGAACGCAUCCUCAGUGAAGUCAUUUCAGAUGCAGAUCUCCCACCAAUUUAUGCAAAUAAAAUUCAGAAGAUGGAGCAGACAAUUGCGAAAGCUAAAGGAUGUACUGUUGAGUGCAGCAAUGUUGAGAGGAAACUGAGACAACUACUUGAUCUUACAGAGGAUGAAACUCAUUUCCAUAUGAAGCAGAGUGCUUUCUUGUUUCACCUUGGCGUCCAGACUAUGCCUAAAAGCCUCCAUUGUUUAUCAAUGAGAUUAACAGUGGAAUAUUUUAGAGAGCCUCCACCUGAUAUGGAGUUGUCUCUUGGUUUUAAGUUAGAUGACCCAAGAUUUCGGCAUUAUGUUAUAUUUACUAGACACAUACUAGCGGUUUCUGUUACCAUUAAUUCAACUGUAAUGAAUUCGAAGGACACAGCUGAUAUGAUAUUCCAUUUGAUAACUGAUAGACAGAAUUUCUAUGCCAUGAAGCUCUGGUUUGCUAGAAAUUCUUACAAUGAAGCAAUCAUCCAUGUCCUGAAUAUUGAAGAUCUUAGCGUUAGCAUCUUGAAUGGUGUAGGCUUGAAGCAGUUCUCUACUUCGGAAGAAUUCAGGAUUUCUGUCCGUGGUUUUGAUCAAACAGAGCACUUGCAAUUGAGAACUGAAUAUAUAUCUACUUUUGGCCCUUCACACUUCCUCCUUCCUGAAAUAUUCAAGAAUUUGAAAAAGGUUAUAGUUUUAGAUGAUGAUGUGAUUGUCCAGCAGGAUUUGUCAUCCUUGUGGACUAUUGAUUUGGAGGGGAAAGUGAACGGAGCUGUUAAUUUCUGCAAGCUGCAACUUGGUCAGCUCGAAAUAAUUUUAGGCAGAAGCAUACUUGACAGGAGUUUGUGCCUGUGGACUUCUGGAUUGAAUAUAAUUGAUUUGGAGAAGUGGAGAGAGCAUAAUAUUACGGGAAUAUACCACAAACUGCUGCCCACGUUCCAUAAUGGAAACGAAGAAACCUGGAGAACUGCAGCACUUCCAACAAGCCUGCUGGCAUUUCAAGGCCAUGUAUUUCCUCUUGAUAGCAUGUCGAUUAUCUCAGGGCUUGGUCAUGACUAUCAUGUUAGCGAAGAUGUCAUAAAGACUGCUGCUGCUCUGCACUAUAACGGAAACAUGAAGCCUUGGCUUGAUUUAGGCAUUCCCACAUACAAGAAGUACUGGAAGAAGUUCUUAAUACAAGGGGAGCCAUUUAUGGAUCAAUGUAACGUGCGGCAUUAGUGCUUGUUUCACACGAGAGCUAGUGAUCCGAUCUCUCUGAUUUUUUAGUCGAAGCAUGUGGAACAUUGUGUUCUUUAAAAGUAUGUAGGGUUUGAGACGGAAUUAUGACUUUUGGAAGGGAUGGAGGUGCUUUCGCCAUAUUAUUUUUAUGAUGUAAGCUUGGUUGGAAGGUUGAUUGAGAUGGCUGCGCAUUAUGGACCUUCAAAAAGGAAUUCUGUAGCUGCUAGUCCUAUCACGAGGUUUAUACAACAACGGCAGUGGAGACCUUGAUUCCAUAUAUUCAUGCUUCUGGUUAGUUAAAAUGUUAAAUUAGAUUGAAUCAUUCAUUUAUGUUAUAUAGUUUUAUAUGUAUUUUAAUUGGCAUCUCUAAUUGGAUUGGUGCCAUUUUAUUGAAUUUGAAACCACUGUAGAUUUAUAUUUUUUUCCCUUUAUUCAACAAUGAGGGUGCAAGUUCUUGUUCUCUGUUCUCAUUCUUUGUCGAUUUCAAUGUAAUUCAGAUUUUCC